AUGCCAGGCGAGAGUUGUCACCGGAAAUGCAGUCGCAAGUCGAGAAAUUCCCCCACCUCAGACGGUACCAAGGAAGGUCUCGAGAACCUGAAAGGGGGCGCCUGUUUGUCCAAAGGGAUGAAAGUGAUGCUCAAAGUUGGACAGCAUCGCAACACGGGCUCCAAAUCCCAGAAUUCCCUGCCCGCCACACCUGCGGAGAAGGACCGAGGGACGCCAGGUGCAGCCGAACCCAACAAGGAGAUGGUUCCAGGACCCUCUUCUGGAAACACGACCGGGAAAGUGGGAGGUGAGAACGGCCCGUUGCCGCAGUCCAACGUACCCAUCAUUGCCGGUGCGGCUGGAGGAGCGGCGUUUGUGUUGCUGGUGGCAGCUGCCGUGACGGGGGCCCUGUGUUACCGCCACCACCGGGCCAAACACAGCGAGUCGCACCACCCGCCGUUGUCCCUCAGCACCCUGACCAGCCCCAAGCGAGUCGGGGGCGGCGGGGGUGCCAACAACAACGGCUCCGAGCCGAGCGAUAUCAUCAUCCCGCUCAGGACUUCAGACAGUGCGUUCUGCCCGCAUUACGAGAAGGUGAGCGGCGAUUACGGUCACCCGGUCUACAUCGUGCAGGAGAUGCCACCGCAGAGCCCGGCGAACAUCUACUACAAAGUAUGAGGCGAAGGGCGGCUCAUCUGAGCCCCCGUGGGCUGCCUUUGGAGCCCCGCGAUGGGCAGGCAAGGACUCGGAGCAGACGGGACACAAUGGGACCUUAUCCUCCCCGCCCGUUCUCGUUCACUUCGGAUGCUGCGCACAGAAGGGUUUGACACACAGGUGCCUCGUACACCUCCCGUUAUUUUGGGGGGUGGGAACCCUGGAACUGAUACGGCCGCUGCCACAAGGGAGGCAGGGACUCCUCUCUCCGCGGAUCCAGAACAAGGGAUGCAACUCCUGUCGGGUCACGUCCGAGCGAAUUUGACCGCGAAGGCCCUUCCCUGUCGAUUCCACGGCAAGGUCCAGCCUAAAGUGUCAAGUCCGGCUCCCACCUGCGGUGCGUGCCCCAGCUGCCAAAACAGUUUGGGGAGUGGAAAACAUGGCGCCUCCCCGUUUCUUUUCGCAAUAAUUCAAUCUGAUUGCCUUGUCCGUCUCUCUUGCUCUCUCUUCUCCUUUUGACAGCUUAUUCAUGGGCUCGCGCGCUGAUAAGGGUAGACGUACGGGGAGGGGGGGUGUUUAAAAGCAAUCCCCCCCAGCGCUCUAAAAGGUUGCAUUUGUUGUUAGUGCCACAAAUCAAAACCAGGAACGUUGCAGGUCUGCCUUAUUCCCAUUGCCAUAGUGUGACACCGUACUCCCCUCGAGCAGCAUUUCAAAUGUGUUGUUUUCGUUUGGUUUCGUUUUUCGUUUUUCGUUUUUAACUUCGAAAGUUCGCACCCUUUUGGUAUAUAGCAAUGUUGCCUCUGGAAGAUCUCUCCUUAUUUUUCCUCCCAAGGGGUUCCUUCGGGCUUGUAAGUCCCGCAGACCCUAGUUGCAACGCUCAUCCCGAACUGCCAAUUCCCCGUCGAUACAGACCAAUGCGUACAUCCUCACGAUGCCCAUGUGAAUCAGGGGAAUUCGGAUCGGGGAAGCCCAUUUGCUGCGCAACUCACUGAGCAACUCGCUGUUGCUGGGGAAAGAGAGCCCUGAGUUUGUUGAUCCAUCGGCAACCAUUUUGAAGUCUUUGAUGGUUUCGUUGCUCGAAGGAGAUGGCAAACAAAAUGGCCGACUUUCCCACCCAUCCGCAUCGGAAAUAGGAUGGGACGGGGAAGAGGAAUUCCUCCAAAUUUUUAAUGUCUCUCUUUCUCUCUCGCUCUUGCUCUCUUCUCGUGGCCCUUCCUUUCACCCCCGCCCUCACCCCUCGCCAUUCGGGAUGGGAUCUUAUCCCCAACUUUUGAUGGAGUUUUGAUGAAGUGGCAACCUAUUGUGUGUGGUGUUUAGUGGCACGCCGAAAGAAGGCGGGACUUCAUGUGUUAGACUGGGAAACGUGCGUGGGUCAACUUUCCUGCUUUUUUCAGGGGAAACUGUGGUUUUUUUCAGCUUUAAUAGAUUUGAAAAGAAAAAAAUUCUUUUGUUUACUUUUUUUUUUUAAUCGGAAAAAGUUUUCUUAGCUUUCUUGGUGAAAUUUUACUGUUGGACAUUGUUGAUUAUAGACAUUCUUGUGCAACUCG